CUCCCCAGCUCCCGCGAUCCCAAAGGAUGGCCCCGUCCUGCCCCUGCCUUUGAAGUGCGGAGCGAGCCCCAUCGCUGCGGGGCCUCAUGGCCACGGCCCGCAAGGGCAGCAAGGCCAAGGGGGGCUCCGUGCGCUUCGCCCCCGCGCAGCCCCCCGAGGGCUCCCACGGCCACGUCCGCUUCGAGGAGCAGCUCCACGACUCCGCCGUGACCGUGACGCAGGAGGGGGAUGGGAGCUUCCUGGUGAAGGUGGGAUUCCUGAAGAUCCUGCACAAAUACGAGAUCACCUUCGUGCUGCCAUCGCUGUGGGGCACGGGGGGGGAGCUGUGCCCCGUGCCCCUGCCCAGCCUCAACCUGCGCCUCACCGGCAUCACCGCCCUGCCUGAAGGUUACAGCAUCAAGUGCGAGUACACAGCGCACAAGGAGGGGGUCCUGAAGGAGGAGAUGGUCCUGGCCAGCGCAGCCGGUGAUGGAGCCACCAUCAGGGUCGUGGUCCAAGCCCGUGUCAUGGACCGGCACCAUGGCACCCCAAUGCUGCUGGAUGGGGUGCGCUGCAUCGGCGCGGAGCUGGAGUACGACUCGGAGCAGAGCGACUGGCACGGCUUCGACUAGACCCUGCUUCCCUUGCCAUAAGGAUGGAGCCCAUAGGGAAUCAGGGACAAAUCCCACCCCAAACCCCCCCUGUGUCAAUGGGGUCACCGGGAGCU